UCCAAUGAUAUACAUUAACUAAGAAUGUACCAUAGUAAACUGUUGUUAAGUUGUUUGUAUUUUACAUUAAUAAAUACUGAAAAUGAAUUUCAGACAUUAGUGAACUAUGUAACAGAAAACAUUAAUGAAUCCGUAACGUACAAUCUUCCUAUAAAUAACAAUGAGUCAGUUUUUACGAAAAGUGCUGAAGUUCAAGAAUAUGGACAAUUCGACUUUAUUAUUGUGGGAGCAGGAUCUUCAGGAUGUGUAUUAGCUAACAAAUUAUCAAAAAAUGGCAAAUGGAAGAUUCUUUUAUUGGAAGCAGGAACGGAUGAUACAAAUUUUAGUGACAUUCCAGGAAUGGCUCCGUAUCUUUUAAAAUCAAAAAUGAAUUGGGGAUACUAUUCAAAGCCACAAACUAGAUGUUGUCAAGGCAUGAUGAACAAACAAUGUUUUAUUCCGCGUGGAAAAGUUAUGGGUGGCUCUAGUACCAUUAAUUUCAUAAUGUACACUCGAGGUAACAAAGAAGAUUAUAACCUAUGGCAGCAAAUGGGCAAUGACGGGUGGUCAUAUGACGAAAUAGAACCACAUUUUCGACAAUUAGAAAAUUGGCAGACUUAUGGAGAUCUAAAUUUGCAUGGAUUUGAAGGUCCCAUCAAUUGUAACAGAACUGCACCUGAAUCAGCACUUAAGCAACCCCUCUCGGAAGCGCUUCUAUCAAUGGGUUUGAAAAAACUAGAUUACAACGGAAAAUCACAAUUUGGAUUUGAUGAAGCUGUGUUAAAUAUCAAUUUUAAUAAGCGUGUGUAGCCGAAGGCGUGGAAUUUGUUAAAGAUCACGUUCGUUAUAGAUCUUUUGCUGUGCGAGAAGUAAUUUUAUCUGCAGGAGCUAUAAAUUCGCCACAAAUUUUAAUGUUGUCAGGUAUUGGACCCAAAGAAGAACUAGAAAAACAUAAUAUAAAACUAAUAAAGGAUCUCCCCGUGGGGAGAUUUUUACAAGAUCAUCCAAGAUUUGAUGGGUUCGUGGUCCGAACUAAUAUUUCAGACACACGUUAUAAUUUAACAGAAAGCUUAAGUAGAUACAUUUCUGCGUCAAGACCUUUGACUUUAGCAAAUCCUACUGAAAUUUUGGGGUUUAUAAA